AAUAUAAAAGUCAACCGUCAGUCGCAUUUUUGAAACCAACGAACACAUUAUUUCAGUCUGAGGAUGAUCAAGAUUGCCGUUCUGGUUGCCCUCGUGGCUGUUGCCUCUGUAAAUGCUUCGUUCCAAACUGGCAAGGUAAGCCCGACUGGUCGCAUCGUUGGUGGUGAGGAUGUCGACAUCACUGAAGUACCCUACCAGGUAUCUCUCCAGGUCUUCGGCUCGCACAUUUGCGGUGGUGCCAUCAUCUCCGAGACCUGGAUCUUGACCGCUGCUCACUGCAUGGUUUACCCCAGAAGAUGGUUCACCGUUCGCGCCGGUUCCACCGUCUCCAGCAUUGGCGGCAGCCGUACAUCACUCAGUUCAGUGGUGAACCACGCAAGCUACAGUUCAAACAGAUGGGGAAUUCCGAUCAACGACAUCGCUCUGCUCCAACUGGCAUCAGCCCUCACCCUGGACUCCACCCGUCAACCCAUCUCUCUGUACGCCGUUGACGAAGAAGCCGCCGUCGGUUCUGUCGCUGUCAUAACCGGAUGGGGUACUCUUACCGAGGGAGGCAGGGCUUCCAGAACUCUCCAGACUGUCUCUGUCCCCGUUAUUUCCAAGACUGAAUGCAACAGCGCCUACAGCGUCUGGGGAGGACUUCCCGAUGGUCAAAUCUGUGCCGCGUAUCCUAAGGGAGGCAAGGACGCCUGCCAGGGUGACUCUGGUGGUCCCCUCGCCAUCAGCGGACGUCUCGCUGGUGUCGUUUCCUGGGGUAACGGAUGUGCCCGCGCUGGAUGGCCCGGUGUAUACACCGAGGUCGCUUCCUACCGCAGCUGGAUCUCCACCAACUCUGGAGUCUAAGAAGUAGUCUCUCCAUUGCACCUCGACUACCUUUCAAUCAACCGCGGGGCGUAAUUUCAUUCACGAUAUUUUGAUAUCAUG